AUGAAGACUGCCCAUGACAUCUUCUUCAAUGACUACCAGUUCAAGUUCAUUCUUGAACAUGCGUGGAGGGAACUUAGGUUUGAUCAAAAAUGGAGAUCAAACUGUGCUUGCAAAGAUGGUGCAAAGGACAAAAGGAAGGAACCUGAGGAGAUGGUGCCUGACUUGGAAGAGGUUAGGCCUCAUGGUGUUAAGGCUUGCAAAGCAGCGAAACGCAAGAAGCAUGGGAAAGAAGCAGUCUAUGAUAAAUUACAGAGCAUGCUAGCUGUGAAACAGAACAUAUCCAAACAGAAACUCCUUGAUCGUCUCCUUGCCAAAAAAGAUACACUAUCUGAUAUUGAAGUGUCACUGAAAAACAAACUAGUUUCAGAAAUGCUUUGA